CUGAUCUGCCAAAAGAGAAUUAGUGAUGUGUUUCUAUAUGUUUUUCUACUGAAGCUUCUAAAUCCCUCUUAACCCAAGUCCCUGCUUACAUAUUGCUACCAUUCAUUUUUAUUGGCUUCGCUAAAGUUGAAUUCCUGUAUCUUGAUUUUUCCCCAAUUCAUUCUCUGAGCAGCUUGAAAGAAUCCAACUGAAAAAAAAACCCAAAAAACAAAACCUCAAGGAGUUUAUAUAAUGAAUUACUUUUGAACUAGACGCUAAAAAAGACAGAGGAGCAUUUAUCAGGAAUGUUUGUGGGCUUGGUGGUUAUGAGCUUAAAAAAAAAAAAAAAGAAAAAAAGAAAAAGAAAAACCAAAAAACCGUGUGGAAAGGCUUUUGUCCCAUGACAGAGAUUUAAGAGGCUGCGGGUUCGGAUUCCAGCGGAGGCUCAGGCCUGUAAUCGCGUUUGAAAUGUUGCCUUUCACACGGCGGCGCGGCUGCCGCGGGGCGCGGGCCGGGUAGGGGCGGCGGCGGAGCCGUCACCUGUUGGGGCCGGGGCCGGGGCCGGGGCCGGGGCCGGGGCCGGGGGUGCGGGGGCUGCACCGCCAGCCCAGCGCUUCCCUCCUCCUCCUCCUCCUCCUCCUCCUUCUCCCGAGCUCGGCGCUGACCGUGCCGGCGCUGCCGCUCCGAGUUGGAGAGGGGAGCUUGUGUGGUAGGCAGGGACAAUGGAGGAAAAUGAAAGCCAGAAACUUGAGCUGUGCCUGGCUUGCCCAACAGACAGCAGGCAGACGAGGGACCAGGCAAAACCCAGUUUGCAUGUAACAUCACUAGAUGAUGCAGAAUGUCUCCGAUCUAAAGAGCUCCUUUCGACCCCGAGCAGUCACACUUCUUCUAGCUCAAAAUCCACCCGCAACAUCCCUCGGAGACAUACAGUAGGUGGCCCUCGCAGUUCCAAAGAAAUACUGGGAAUGCAAACCUCAGAAAUGGACAGGAAGAGAGAGGCUUUUCUUGAGCAUCUGAAACAGAAAUAUCCCCACCAUGCCACAGCAAUAAUGGGACACCAGGAGAGACUGAGAGAUCAGACAAGAAGCCCAAAGCUGUCCCAGAGCCCACAGCCCAAUUUGGGUGACCACACAGAACACCUCUCUGAAGCAUCUGCUGAUUCCUUAGAGGCCAUGUCUGAAGGUGAUUCUCCAACCCCCUUCUCGAGGGGCAGCCGCACGCGGGCAAGUCUUCCCGUUGUGCGGUCAGCAAACCAAACGAAGGAAAGAUCACUGGGUGUAUUAUAUCUUCAGUAUGGAGAUGAAACAAAGCAGUUGAGGAUGCCAAAUGAAAUCACAAGCACAGACACAAUUCGUGCCCUUUUUGUAAGUGCCUUCCCCCAGCAGCUGACAAUGAAAAUGCUGGAAUCGCCCAGUGUCGCCAUUUACAUCAAGGAUGAGAGCAGAAACAUAUACUAUGAACUCUGUGAUGUGAGGAAUAUUCAAGACCGAUCUUUCCUUAAAGUUUACAACAAAGACCCUGCACAUGCAUUUAAUCACACUUCCAGAGCUGUAAAUGGAGAUACAAGGAUGCAGAGGGAAACUGCUUAUAUGGGACGAGAUGGCCCAAGUGGUUCCCGCCCUGGAUCUGCCACACACCCUCUUCAUGCGAUGCCCAGCUCUCCACCCUCCACCCCAGUGCCCCACUCCAUGCCUCCCUCUCCGUCCAGGAUUCCUUAUGGUGGGGGCCGGCCCGUGGGUGUGCCAGGCAAUGCCACCAUUCCCAGGGACCGGCUGUCCAGCGUGCCAGCCUCGCGCUCCAUAUCGCCCAGCCCCAGCGCCAUUUUGGAGAGACGGGACGUGAAGCCAGAUGAGGACAUGAGUAACAAGAACCUUACCUUGAUGCGAAAUGAAAGUCUGUACGGUGACCCCUACUUGUUUCACGAGGGGAGGAUGAGCGUGGCUGCACCACACUCCGCACAUCCCCUCGAUGUCCCCGACCACAUUGUCGCUUACCAUCGCGGUGCCAUGAGGUCAUCGAGCACUUACUGCAACCCCUCUCUGCAGCCUGAAAUGCUGGAGCAGUCCUUGUACAGACAAAAGUCAAGGAAGUACCCGGAGAGCCAUUUGCCUACUCUUGGCUCUAAAACACCUCCAGCCUCACCCCACAGGGUGGCUGACAUGAGAAUGAUUGAUAUUCAUCCUCACCAUGGCUCUCACAUUCCCGCCCACACCAUCCAGCCUGACAGGUCUUCCCCCAGCCGCCAGUCCUUCAAAAAGGAGCCAGGACCACCUGUGUUUGUGGACGCAAAAGCACGGAGUGCUGUCGGCCUCCCGGGCAUGGCCGAGGCAAUGCCCUCUCCCGUGGACAAGCAGGCUUUUGGCUAUGGGUCACCCACCAUGCCCAAAGACAAGGAGACAAGUGAGAAGAUGAUGAAAAUUGUGUCCAGCAAGAGCAGCGCUGAUACUGCAGGUGCUGCCAACAUAUCUGGGGGGAAGAAUGCACUGGGAACUGUGGAGUCAGCUGUCAUCCAUCACCCUGCUGGAGCCCCAGCAAUGCAAGUCAGCCUGCAUGGUAUGAAACGCAACGUGUCGGACCUGCGGCUGCAGCUGCAUCAGAUGAAGCAGCUACAGCUGCAGAACCAGGAGAUGCUGAGGGCAAUGGUGAAGAAAGCAGAGCUGGAAAUCAAUGGCAAAGUGAUUGAAACAGUGAAGAGGCUGGAAGAUCCUGUGCAGCGACAGCGCAACCUGGUGGAACAAGAAAGGCAGAAAUACCUCAACGAGGAAGAAAAGAUUGUAAAGAAGUUAUGUGAGCUGGAGACAUUUGUUGAAGACCUGAAGAAGGAUUCUGCUGCUUCCAGCAAGACAGUUACACUGAAAGAUGUUGAAGAUGGAGCCUUUCUUUUGCGUCAAGUGGGAGAAGCUGUUGCUACCCUGAAAGGAGAGUUCCCAACAUUGCAAAAUAAAAUGCGAGCGAUCUUGCGGAUUGAGGUAGAAGCUGUGAGAUUCCUAAAGGAGGAACCACACAAGCUGGACAGCCUGCUGAAACGUGUGCGCAGCAUGACCGAUGUCCUUACCAUCCUCAGGAGACAUGUUACAGAAGGACUGCUGAGGGGUGUGGAUCCAUCUCAAGCCGUGCAAUACUCUGCUAUGGAAAAAUCCACUGCAGCUGACACUCUGAAAAACCCAGAGGAGCACAAGCCCACCCAGGGACACGCACAGCAAAACCUCACAGCGAUGCCGCCGGAGUCCCAGGUGUCCUCGGUCAAGUCUGAAGUGGUCCCCUUCUCAGCUAUGACUGUCCAUCACGUGCAGAGCUCUCCUGUUGUCAUCCACCAGUCCCAGCACUCUGCAGCCCUGGUCAACCACGCCCAGGGCUCUCCCACUGCAGGCAGUCACAGCGAAGGUCACCCCUCAGCCCCCCCAACCCUGCAAGAGCCCACAGCAGGAUCCCAGCCCACACAAGCCACACCAGCAGCACAGGUCUCUGUCAAUGGCACCACCAUGCAAAGCCUUUUCAUUGAGGAAAUUCACAGUGCAAGUACCAGAAAUCGAGCUGUAUCAAUUGAGAAAGCUGAAAAGAAGUGGGAAGAGAAAAGGCAAAACCUUGAUCACUAUAAUGGAAAGGAAUUUGAAAAGCUCUUGGAAGAGGCCCAGGCCAAUAUAAUGAAGUCCAUUCCUAACCUGGAGAUGCCUCCCCAGCCAGCAGCCCUGCCUAAAGGGGAUCCAGCAGAAAAGCUAGAAGUCUCAGAAGAAGCUCCUGAUGGAGAACAGGAUAAUGACAAGCUGACCAAGUCUCCACCUCCUCCACCUCCACGGCGCAGUUACCUGCCAGGGUCAGGACUGACCACAACACGAUCAGGAGAUGUCAUCUACACAGCCAGAAAAGAGGCUGCUACUCUCAAGGAAUGCACUGAAGAUGCUGGGCAAAUAGCACAAUCCAAAGCCCCUAAAGAGGACCAGGCACUGUCUCGGAGCACAGGGCAUGCUGUAGCACCAGCUGCAAAAGAUGAGGAGGAAGAGGAAGGAGAUAAAAUAAUGGCAGAAUUACAGGCUUUCCAGAAGUGCUCUUUUAUGGAUGUAAACUCAAACAGUCAUGCUGAACAGUCCAGAAAUGAUACACAUGUUAAAGACAUAAGGCCUGGGACUUUAAUGCAUCACAAGGAAAAGAAGGGCUCCAGCACUGCCUCCCAGACAAGCCGGAUGCCAGUCCCCAUGGCUUCAAAAACUAGACAAGGAAGCAUGGAGAAGUCAGGCAAACAGCACAAGCUGCAGGAUCCACGCCAAUACAGACAGGCUAAUGGAAGUGCUAAGAAAGCUGGUGGGGACUAUAAGGCUACUUCUCCUACCCUACCUGCUUCUAAGAUCCCAGCCUUUUCUCCCACUUCUGGGAAAAGCAGCUCAGCACCUGCUUCUAGCGGUGACAGCUCUAACCCUCUUAAUCCACCUACUAAAACCUCCAUUCCUUCCUCCUCCCUUCUCGGUCCUCAGACAGGUCGCAUAACUUACUCUACCUCCCUCAUCCCCUCUGUCUCUAACGGUUCCUCCAAGUUUCAGAGCCCCACUUACCCAGGGAAAGGUCACCACCUCUCGUUCUCACUGCAGACUCAGAACGGCCGACCACCCCCUCCUUCCUCCUCUACCUCCCCCCCCUCCUCUAUCUCCCCUCCCUCCCUGAGCCAAGGUAUGAAGAGCAUCAGGACAAUCCACACCCCUAGUUUCAACAGCUACAAGGCACAGAACGGGAAUGCCAGCAAGUCUGCCCCAUCCACGGUCAAGGAGCCAUCCUAA